GCUGAGAUCGAGAUCGACGCGGCGGAGAUGGAGAGCUGGGGUGCGCCGCUACACGGGGUGCCGUCGUUGGUGUACGAUCGCAUGGAGCGAAAUGAGCCGUCGGCGUGGGAGAAGACACGAACGGCGCAAGUUGUGCCGCCCGUGGAGCGGGCCAUGGAAGAUCGAGGAGAUCAUGGCUCUGCUCAACGAGGGACAAGACGCGACGGGCGGCCAGGCUCAGGGAGCCGGGGGAGACGAAGAAGACGAGGUCCCGGGUGGAAGUGACGUUAUGCCCGAUCAUGCUGCGAAAGCGAUCAAUGAGGUGACCUCCUCUGGCAUGUUUGCGCUGGACGGACCGCCGGAUGUAGAGGACGUCGAGAAAUUGCGCUUUGCUUGCGACGCCGUCGGGGGGGAAGGUGCUGGUGAUGGCAGUGCGAGGGCACGGUGAUGGCUGUGAGCCGUACAUCCAAGUUUCGCGUGGCGACGAAUUUGCCGAUUCGUUUGAGACCUCGUUCUUCGCUAAGACGUUCCCCACCCUGUUCCCAUUUGGAGUUGGAGGGCCACGAUUGGUUGAAGAGGCCAUACUCGGAGCGGGAAAGGCCACCGAUUUGCGAGGUAGGACUGUUGAAGCAGAGACGGUCAACGAACGAGGGGCGCUUCAUGUUCAUGGACUGCUCUGGCUGCACGGAAACGCGCAUCUGGCUUCGAUGCUCGCCGACACCGACGCCAAGGACCAAGCGGCAUACCGAGAUCGCAUCAUCCAAUAUGUCGACAGUCUUUUCCGAGGUAUGUUUUUUGGGGAGAGGGGGCAAGAGGUCGACCGUAAACCGUCCCUUAUCAGUCGAGCGCGACGAAGCUGACGACCAAGGCAGGAUCUGGACCAGGAAGGUUUCUGUGCAAUUCAGGCAGAGCGAUCGGUGACAUCGGACAUAUCGCAGCAGCUGCACGACGACCAGCGAUUUUCAGCCUCAUUUGACGACGAAGCCAAUUUCUGUGCCGGUGCAACACAGAUCCACACCCAUAGCCCUACGUGUGUCAAGUACUCGCUGGCCAAAAAGGGGCCGAAGAGCGGCCUGUGUCGUUUCAAGGCGCCAUGGAGACUAGUCGAGAAGACGGAAUUCAUGGCGGACGGAGUGCUACGGAUUCGGAGGUCGCACAGCAUGGUGAAUCGGUGGAAUAAGGCCGUGGCCGUGGGGCUCCGACACAACCACGACAUCUCUUUUAUUGCCACGCAGCGCAAGACCAUGGCCCUCGUCUAUUAUGUCACGAAUUACGCGACCAAGGUAGAGGACCCGGUGUGGAAGCGCGCAGCCGCCGCGGCAGAAC